AUGCCGGGACUUUUCAGCAUACUCGUCUUGACCGAUGAGGACACGUUUCCAGACACGUACGACCCUGAUAAGAAAUUUGAGUUUGGAAGACUCUGGAACCGUUAUAAUUUCAUCGGCAGUCGCGGUAUAGCCCCCAAUGAGCACUUUCUUUACGAGAUCUGUAGAGUGUUUAAGAUAUGUAUGGAUGCCUGGGGACAGACACUCGACAUCAUAGAUGAGCUUGUUCAUGUCAAGCUGGAUGACUUUGAUAGCGAUACACGGGUGGAGGACCUCAUGUUCGAUAAUUCUUUCAAACGUUCCAAGGACUACUUUGUUGCUCUCCAACUACUCAGAAUUGUUGACGAGUGGUUAGACGAGGUUCAAUCAACUGUCGAAGACAUGGUGAAAAAUCCAAAUGUGACAGAUACAUUUAUGUGGGUGGAUCGCUCAAGGGCUUCUUGUGAUGUUGCCGUUCGUUAUGUAAACGAACACGCUACCGCGGCUCAGAGCCGGGUAAGAAAGAAACGUGAGGAGAUCAACAGUCUUCGGGAUGGCUUAUUCAACGCUACAUCUCUGCGAGAAUCAACUAAGGCUAUGGCGUUAAACCAGGCAAUCUAUGUGUUCACGGUAGUGACGGUUCUUUUCACACCAGUCAGCUUCUUAGCGACCUUUUGGGCAUUGCCGUUCUUGAACAACCCAACAGAGGGUGUCGUCCCAGUGCCUUCAGCCUUUCGUAACAGUUUCAUUAUCAUGCCUCUUCUUACCUACGCCCUAGUCAUCGUAGUCGCAUGGUUCGUUGGGCAACGCAACAGCGUCAAUAGACUGUUAACCAUGUUGGGAAAGCUUGGGGAAAGCACAGGACAGCUGCUGAGAUCCGGAUGGAACUUGCUUCGAAAGAAGCCGGGGAGAGGUAACGGGAGAUCUCCUUACCCUUGA